ACGCGUCGCGUCCUUGCGCACGCGCUCUCCGGUCUCCCUUGACCUCUGACCCACCAGCAACCCUUGAGCUGAUCCCACUGGGUCGGGAAGCCGCACCCGUGCCCCUAAAGUGGAGCGGCCGUCAUGCCUUUUCCUGAAGGCCGAGGGGAGCCAGUCUGCCUCUGGGAACUUGAUUGCCAAGUACCUGGCCCAGAUCAUUGUGAUGGGUGUGCAGGUGGUGGGCAGAGCCUUUGCCAGGGCCCUGAGGCAGGAGUUUGCAGCAAGCCAGGCAGCCGCUGAUGCCCGAGGGCGGGCUGGGCACCAGUCUGCAGCUGCAUCCAAUCUCUCUGGCCUCAGCCUCCAGGAAGCCCAGCAGAUUCUCAACAUCUCCAAGCUGAGCCCUGAGGAGGUCCAGAAGAAUUAUGAACACCUAUUUAAAGUGAAUGACAAGUCCGUGGGUGGCUCUUUCUACCUGCAGUCAAAGGUUGUCCGUGCAAAGGAACGCCUGGAUGAGGAACUCCGAAUACAAGCCCAGGAAGACAGAGAGAAAGGGCAGAAGCCCAAAACGUGACUACUGGGCUCUCCACCCCAGCCAUUGCCUCAUAAUUUAUAGCCUAGUAAUAAAUGUCUCUU